ACGAGAGAUCAGGCAAUACAAUUAACAAUAGAAUAAAUAGCGGGAUCGAUGAUAAUUGACAAAUAUAACAACCCUGUGUCGGUAAUGCCUGCGCAUGCAUCACACGAUCAUGGCCUCCCGGACGCACGUGCAGCGCGUCCGGAUGCUGUACAAGACAAUUUUGAGGUUACAUCGCGGUCUACCGAUCGAGGUCCGGCCUUUGGGCGACGGUUACGUCCGCGACGAAUUCCGGAAGCAUAAGAGAUGCAUCGAGAGCGAGGCGAUCAUUUUCCUCCACGAGUGGACUAAUUAUGCAGUGUUUCUCGCCGAGCAGCUCGGGUUGAGAGGUCCUCAUACAGCAAAACCGCUAGGACGAUAUCUGAAGGAAGAAGACAUCGAGAAGCUGCGAGACGAGCAAGUGUGCCAGCUGUACGAGCUGAUGAUCGCGGCUACGGGGAAGCCGGAGGACGCCAAGAAAACAUAACUAUGUGGCUGUGUCUGUGACGUGGCUAUAACACACUGACCUGGAGACUCAGCGCACUUGGACUGUCAGAAUUGUAUUGUGAAAUACAAAUAAAUGCAUACAAUUUUUCCCGCACAACCCAACUCUGUCAGCGGUGUCGUUCACUUGACGAUUGUAUUGUGUAAUAAUUGUUGUUUGUUAUUAUUAAUAGCUGUUAUUUAAUAAUAAAUAUUAUUAUUGAGUGCGAGAGACUAUCAGAAGUGUUAUUGAUACGAUGAUAAAUGCAGACAAUAAAAUUAGGAAAUACAAUAUAUAGCAAGCAAGUGAAACUGUAA